AUGAUAUAAAAAAUUACAAAAAUCUUUAAGUCUUAAUCUGAAUUUACAAAGAAUUUAGAGAAGAGCAGUUUAACGAAGGAUAAUUUUGUUUUUCGAUAAGAGGACAUAGAUUUGAUUCUUUAAUACAUGAUAGAUGAAAAAUUUAUUAAAGAAUUCUUUGAUGUCUACAUUGCUUAAGAAAUGCAAACUUAUACUAUUAAAAUGAAAAUGCUUAUUAUCAUCCACUAAAUAAUAAAUUUAAGUGAGGAGUUCUCUUCCAUAUUUAAUUGCAUUCGAUUUCAUAAUUUUAAUAAGCUGAAGCACUGCAAUAGAAAUAAUGAAGCUUGGUUGCUUUAAUCAAUAUAAAUUCCAUUUUUACAAUAUUUACAAAAAUUGUCAAUAAAUAUCAAAGACAUUAAAAGUUAUCGAACAUGUUUGUUUAGAAAAUAAGUUCUAAAUACAAAGUAUUAAAUCCUUAACUUCAUAGUUUGGUAAUCGAUAGUUUUAAAUUAAUUAAUAUCGUGAAUCAAGCUUUGUCAUUAGCCCCAAAUUUAAAAACUGCUUUAACAAAUUAUCCUUAUGAUUUUUUAUUAAAAAGGGCUGCCUUUAAUAUAUACUAAGAGAUUCAUACAUUCCAAAGAUAAUUAAUAAAUUCAUUAUCUGCAUUGCUUAAUGAAAACUCGCAAGCAAAAGAAGUUGAAAUAUAUGAAUUUCUGAAAGAAGUAUAUUUUUUUGCAGUACUUAUAUCAGGUUUAAGCAAUCGAAUAGAAAAUGAUGUACUUUUACUAAUUUCAUAAAAAAUUUGAUCCAAGUCAAUCAUUAAUUCCUCCUCUGAAAUUAAAAAUUGAUAGUGAGAGUGCUAAAUAUAUCGAAAGGUCUGCAAUUUAGGAAAGAGAAGCAUGUUAAUAAUCAAGAUAAGCUAAAACAAAGAGAGAAAUCUCUAGUUCAUCUCCAAUAAUAGAUUAUUAACUUAGUUGUGAAAGAAAAAAGAGAGAACCAUAAUUUCAGAAUCUUGUUUUAUAAAUGAACACUUAAGCAAAUCAAGCAAUAGUUUGGGGUUAAUAAAAGACAUUUUAAGAAGUUACAGAAACUAAUAUUGAUGAAAAACCUAAAUAAGAUGAAUAAAUAAGUUAACAAUUAAAAUAAUGA